UGCUUAUUGCUCUGUGGCUAGAGUGGAGAGAGGUUGAUAGCGCACAGCAACGAGGAUGGCCCGUACCAAGCAGACCGCUCGUAAAUCCACUGGUGGGAAGGCGCCCCGUAAGCAGCUCGCCACUAAGGCUGCCCGGAAAAGCGCCCCCGCCACGGGCGGGGUGAAGAAGCCCCAUCGCUACCGCCCCGGUACCGUGGCCCUGCGGGAAAUCCGCCGCUACCAGAAAUCCACCGAGCUGCUGAUCCGCAAGCUGCCUUUCCAGCGCCUGGUGCGGGAGAUCGCCCAGGACUUCAAGACGGAUCUGCGCUUCCAGAGCUCGGCCGUCAUGGCCCUGCAGGAGGCGAGCGAGGCUUACCUGGUGGGGCUCUUCGAGGACACCAACCUUGCUGUUGGUGUUAAAAUGUCUGGUCGUGGCAAAGGCGGAAAGGGGCUGGGUAAGGGAGGUGCUAAGAGGCACCGCAAGGUCUUACGAGACAACAUCCAGGGUAUUACGAAGCCUGCGAUCCGCCGCUUGGCUCGCCGCGGCGGGGUGAAGCGCAUUUCAGGGCUGAUCUACGAAGAGACCCGCGGGGUGCUGAAGGUUUUCCUGGAGAACGUGAUCCGUGAUGCGGUGACCUACACCGAGCACGCCAAGCGGAAGACGGUGACGGCCAUGGAUGUGGUGUACGCGCUGAAGCGCCAGGGGCGCACCCUGUACGGCUUCGGGGGUUAAUCUUCCAGCCUAGGAACUGCUGUAACUAUUACAACCCAAAGGUCCUUUUAAG